AAAAAAAAAAACGAAAAUUUAGAACUGCAUUCUUUAUUACCCGCGAGUUGCUUCACAUUCGCUGGUGUGUUCUUCUAGUGUUCGCAAGAUUUUCUUUCCCUCCAUCUCGAUUGUUCAUAUCCUUUCCAUUUAUUGUUCUCGAAUUCAAACGAUCUUCUUUGUUGGAUGUGAUUGCGAGUAGUUGUUUCGCUGCUUAGGAGCUGAGGUGGAGCAAUGGCAUCCGAUCAUCAGCAGCCAGCUCUUUCUUCCUUUGGAAAGGUAGGACAAUCAUCUGGUGAGAUUGACGAUGUCGAGGAACCUUUAGUUUCUGUUGAAUUUAAGAACUCGGAGAAUUAUUCUGCCACAGCUGCAAUAUUACCAUUUCUAUUUCCUGCUCUUGGAGGACUACUUUAUGGGUAUGAUAUUGGUGCAACAUCUUGUGCAACAAUUUGCUUACAGUCAGCAUCAUCCAGUGGAAUAUCAUGGUACCACUUAUCUUCUGUAGAAGUUGGCCUUGUAACUAGCGGUUCCUUAUAUGGUGCCUUGAUUGGCUCUAUCUUGGCAUUUAACGUUGCUGAUUUUCUAGGGAGAAGAAGGGAGCUGAUUCUUUCUGCUUUAAUGUAUCUCGUCGGAGCUAUCAUAACAGCACUUGCUCCUAACUUUGCUGUUUUGGUAAUUGGGCGCACCAUAUCUGGGAUAGGAAUUGGAUUGGCGAUGCAUGCAGCACCAAUGUACAUUGCUGAAACUUCCCCUAGCAAGAUACGUGGGCAGUUAAUCUCUCUCAAAGAGUUUUUUAUAGUGCUUGGAAUGGUUGUGGGUUACAGCAUUGGUAGUCUUUUAGUUGAAGUGGUUGCUGGUUGGCGCUACAUAUAUGCAGCCAACACCCCAAUUGCGUUGGUCAUGGGAGUGGGAAUGUGGUGGCUACCGUCAUCUCCCAGGUGGCUACUUUUAUGUGCUAUACAGGGAAAAGGAAAUAUGCAGGAAUUGAAAGAGAGUGCUAUAAGCUGCUUGUACCGGCUACGGGGUGCAGUUAUUGGCGAUAAAGCUUCUGAAGAAGUGGAUGAAAUUUUGGAUGAGCUCUCUUUUCUUGGUGAAUCAGAGACGGCAACGAUAGGGGAAAUAUUUCAGGGGAAGUGCUUGAAGGCCCUAAUAAUUGGUGCAGGAUUAGUAUUAUUUCAACAGAUAACUGGUCAACCAAGUGUGCUAUAUUAUGCUCCCUCAAUCUUUCAGAGUGCAGGAUUCUCAGCAGCUUCAGAUGCAACGCGGGUGUCAAUUUUACUUGGUUUAUUGAAGCUUUUUAUGACUGGAGCAGCUGUUCUUGCCGUUGAUAGACUUGGGAGGAGGCCUUUACUCCUUGGAGGUGUAUCUGGGAUUGUGGUUUCUUUGUUUCUUCUGGGAUCGUAUUACCUUUUCUUGGGUAAUGUGCCUGCUGUUGCUGUAGUCGCGCUCUUGUCAUAUGUUGGUAGUUACCAGCUAUCUUUUGGUCCCAUUGGUUGGUUAAUGAUUUCAGAGGUUUUCCCUUUGCGACUGAGAGGUCGGGGGCUCAGUAUAGCAGUGCUUGUGAAUUUUGGAGCAAAUGCUCUCGUUGCAUUUGCCUUUUCUCCAUUAAAGGAAUUGCUUGGAGCUGGAAUCCUAUUUUUAAUAUUUGGCGUGAUAGCUAUUUUGUCUCUGGUCUUUAUAUUCUUCAUUGUACCGGAGACAAAGGGACUGACCCUCGAGGAAAUUGAAGCUAAGUGCCUUUAAACUCUCAAGUCUGCGAAUUUAAAGCAAUUCCAUAGACUAUCUCAAACUGAAAGUGUUAACCUUGUAAAACAAAUUUCAUUGAUGCUUUUUGGACCUAAUACCUUCUAAAAUGUUUAUAUUUUCAACUUAAUAAUUAGACAGGACUGUGGCUCGAUCAAAAAUUUGAUACCA